CCGUCCCGGUCCUCGCCUCGGGGCGGGGCUCGCGGGGGCGGGCCCGCGGCUCGGAAGCCGGAAGUCGGGCCCCGGGGUCCACGCUGUCGACCCGGCCUCGCUGCCUGGGCUCCCGGUGCCUGCCUGGCUCAGACUCGGUGCCCGCCGCCGAACUUGGUCCCGGGCGAGUGGGCCGUUGGGCUGUUCCCGGUCUGCAAGUUGGGGACCACGUCCCCAGCCAGCGGAGGGCGUGCCACGCCAGAGUGGUCCAAAGUGACCACGGUCUAGCCAUGGGGACCGCACUCGUGUACCACGAGGAUAUGAUGGCCACCCGGCUACUCUGGGACGACCCGGAGUGCCAGAUCGAGUGUCCGGAGCGCUUAGCCGCAGCCCUGGACCGCCUUCGGCAGUGCGGCCUGGAGCAGAGGUGCCUGCGCUUGGUAGCCCGCGAGGCCUCGGAGGAGGAGCUGGGACUAGUGCACAGCCUGGAGUAUGUGGCCCUGGUGCAGAGAACCCAGGCCCUGAGCAAGGAGGAGCUCCAGGUACUGUCUGGACAGUACGAUGCCAUCUACUUCCACCCGAGUACCUUUCGCUGUGCCCGGCUGGCUGCUGGGGCCGCACUGCAGCUGGUGGACGCUGUGCUGACUGGAGCCGCACACAAUGGGCUGGCCUUAGUGAGGCCUCCUGGACACCACAGCCAGAGGGCAGCUGCCAAUGGGUUUUGUGUGUUCAACAAUGUGGCAAUAGCAGCGGAACAUGCCAAGCGGAAACACGGGCUGCACAGGAUCCUCAUUGUUGACUGGGAUGUUCACCAUGGCCAGGGCAUUCAGUAUAUCUUUGAAGAUGACCCCAGUGUCCUUUACUUUUCCUGGCACCGCCAUGAGCAUGGGCGCUUCUGGCCCUUUCUGCAGGAGUCCAAUGUAGAUGCAGUAGGGCAGGGGCGGGGGCGAGGCUUCACUGUCAACCUGCCCUGGAACCAGGUUGGGAUGGGAAACGCUGACUACGUGGCUGCCUUCCUGCACACAUUGCUCCCGCUGGCCUUCGAGUUUGACCCUGAGCUGGUACUGAUCUCAGCAGGAUUUGACUCAGCCAUUGGGGACCCUGAGGGGCAGAUGCAGGCCACACCAGAGUGCUUUGCCCAUCUCACCCGGCUGCUGCAAGUGCUGGCCAGUGGCCGGGUUUGUGCUGUGCUGGAGGGUGGCUACCACCUGGAGUCCCUGGCACAGUCAGUGUGCAUGAUGGUACAGGCACUGCUGGGUGACCCUGUACCCCCGCUGUCUGGGCCCAUGGUGCCAUGUCAGAGUGCUCUGGAGUCCAUCCACAGUGUCCGGAUGGCCCAGGCCCCCUACUGGAUGAGCUUCCAACAGCAAGAUGUGGCCAGUGCGCUGAGUCCCAGCACCAACUCCCUAGAGGGGAAACCUGUAGUCCUGCUGCCUGGAGGUCCCACGUGUGAGGCAGCAGCAACUACACUGAGCUCUUUCCUGGACCGGCUGUAUCUCUGCCCCAUGCCCCGUGUCCACACGGCUGUUGCCUUGACUGCACCAGAUGCCACCCUGCCCCUGCCCCCUGAUGAGCUCUGUCAGGAGGGUUCAGCACCAAGGGAGGAGACAGAAGCCUGGGCCAGACCACACAAGUCCUUGGCCCAGGAUGAGGCCCUUGAUGCACUCGGAAAGCUCCUGUACCUUCUAGAUGGGAUCCUGGAUGGGCAGGUGAGCAGUGGCAUUAUAGCCACCCUGGCCCCUGCCGUAGAGGCCACCUUGGAUGUGGCGGUUCGGCGAGGCCUGUGCCAUAGAGCCCAGAGGUUGUUCUGUGUUGCCCUGGGACAGCUGAAUCAGCCCCCAGACCUUGCUGAUGAUGGGAGAAUUCUGUGGCUGAACAUCAGGGGCAAGGAGGUGGCUGCCUCAUCCAUGUUCCGCAUCUCCAUGCCAUUGCCAAGGACGACUGGAGGGUUCCUGAGCUGCAUCUUGGGUCUGGUGCUGCCCUUGGCCUAUGGCUUUCAGCCUGACUUGGUGUUGGUGGCAUUGGGGCCUGCCCAUGGCCUGCAGAACCCCCAUGCUGCUCUCCUGGCUGCAAUGCUUCGUGGGCCAUCGGGGGGCCGGGUCCUGGCCCUCAUUGGGGAGGAAUCCACACCCCAGCUUGCAAGGACCCUGGCUCGCGUGCUGCAUGGAGAGGCACCUCCCAACCUGGGCCCUUUCCUGAUGGCCUCUCCAGAGGAUAUCCAGGCCCUGCUGUAUCUGAGAGCGCAGCUGGAGCCCCAGUGGAAGAUGCUGCAGGUGGCCGGUGAGGCCCUCGGCAGCGGUGGCUCUGAACCAGCUGCGCAGGGCUGACGCGCGCCGGCCCCGGAGGCCGUGGCUGGGCGGUCCCCGCGCACGCCGGCCUGAGGCCUCCGUGCGACCGCACGCCUUCUCCGCACCGCGGCCCCGCCGCGCCCUCACUCUGUUAGUAAACGGUUAAAGGAAGUUC